UGAGAGUAGCUUAAGAGGCUGCUGUGGAUCUGCUGCUGAUAUGGAGACUCCAGCCAUCCAUAGACACUGCUCGUCCAACUUUGGUGAGCAGACUGGACGGAUAACGCGCUUUCAUGGCUGUUCUCCCGUCAUAUUAGCAACUCCAAACAUGUCCAAGAGCUUGAAGAAGAAAAGUCACUGGACCAACAGAGCCCAUGACGUUGUGUUGUCCAGGGGUCCGAGUGGUGAGCUCGGGUUCGAGCUGCAGGGAGGCGCGGAGAAUGGACAGUUCCCUGUAAUUGGGGAGGUGAAACUGGACAGGGGCAAACUGAACCAGGACGAGAUACUUCUGGAAGUGAAUGACACCCCAGUUGCCGGACUGACCAUUAGGGAUGUGCGGGCUGUUGUCAGACACUGCAAAGACCCCGUCCGUCUGAAGUGUGUCAAACAAGGAGGUGUCGUGGAUAAAGAUCUCAGGCAGUAUCUCAACCUACGUUUCCAGAAAGGCUCACUGGAUCACGAGCUUCAACAGAUAAUUCGGGACAACCUUUAUCUUCGCACUGUACCCUGUACAACUAGGCAGCCUAAAGAAGGAGAAGUUCCAGGAGUAGACUACAACUUUGUGACCGUUGAGCAGUUUGUGGAAUUGGAGAGAAGUGGAGAUUUGCUGGAAAGUGGAACCUAUGAAGAUAACUAUUAUGGCACGCCCAAGCCCCCGGCAGAGCCCAGCCCACUUCUGCUGAAUGUAGCAGAGCAACUGUUGCCAGGCACCACACCCAGAGCAGAGGGCAAACGCAGACGCAACAAAUCCGUCAGCAACAUGGAGAAGGCUGGCAUUGAGCCACCCGAGGAGGAAGAGGAGGAAAGGCACAUCGUCAACGGCAACGGAGUGGCCGUCACCCCAGAGUCCAGUGAGCAUGAAGACAAAAGUACAGAUGCUUCAGGAGAGAUGCCCACCACAAGCCCCUCCGAGACCCCUACAGAUGCCCCUAAAGAAGAGACUGAACCCCCUAAAUCUCCUCCCAAGCCGGAUGAGAAUGACGACAUGGGUCCUCUACCGGAUAACUGGGAGAUGGCUUACACAGAGAAAGGAGAGGUGUACUUUAUAGACCACAAUACAAAGACGACGUCGUGGUUGGAUCCCCGUCUCGCAAAGAAAGCGAAGCCCCCUGAAGAAUGCAAAGAGAACGAGCUUCCUUAUGGCUGGGAGAAAAUUGAUGACCCUAUUUAUGGAACCUAUUACGUUGAUCACAUAAACAGAAGGACUCAGUUUGAGAACCCCGUUCUAGAGGCCAAGAGAAGACUACAACAGCAACAGCAGAUGCAGAGUCAAGGCCUGUCCUCUCUCCCCCUGCCUACUGUCUACAGAGAAAAGCCUCUAUUCACACGGGACCCCACACAGCUGAAGGGGAGUUUCCUUUCGACAGCCCUGCAGAAAAGCAACAUGGGAUUUGGCUUCACUAUCAUUGGCGGCGAUGAACCGGACGAGUUCCUGCAGGUCAAAAGUGUCAUACCCGACGGACCUGCAGCACAAGAUGGGAAAAUGGCUACAGGAGAUGUGAUCGUCUACAUCAGUGAUGUCUGCGUCUUGGGCACCACCCAUGCCGACGUGGUUAAACUUUUCCAGUCUGUCCCGAUUGGUCAGAGCGUAACCCUCGUCCUUUGCAGGGGUUACCCACUUCCUUACGACCCUGAGGACGCAGCCAGCACCCUGCUCUCCCCUCUUGGCCUCAUUGAGCGCCCUCUACUGGUCAACGGGCGGAACAGCUACGACAGCUACAUGGAAUACAUCUCCCGCACAGCUCGCUUCGUUGAACCUCUUCAAACAACGAUGGGACAGCCGCACCCUAGCGACACCCACCUAGACGCUGGGCCACUCGAGGACAGCGUCUCCAUGGCAUCGUCAGGAGCGGCUGGAGGAGAGCUGCUGACGGUUACCAUGGUAAAGGGGGUGGAUGGUUUUGGAUUCACCAUAGCAGACAGUAAUGGAGGCCAGAGGGUGAAGCAGAUUCUAGAGGCCCAAGGAUGCCCGGGGCUGUGCGAGGGUGAUCUGAUUGUGGAGAUUAACCAGCAACCUGCAUUAACACUUUCACACACACAAGUGGUGGACCUGCUGAAGGAGUGUCUGGUUGGAGCAGAGGCCACGCUGGUCGUACAGAGAGGAGGGGCAGGUCACUUUUCACCUUGGAAAACCUUUAAACAGGUUUUGGAGCAUUGGGAUCCUCACAGCAGUCCCACCACCAGUCUAUCUAUCCAUGCUCUUCCCCACAGUGCUCCAUAUCUACACUGGCCCUCGGGUCCAGAGUUUGACCUGGGCAAGCCUGACCCCUAUAACCUGUACGAGAAGUCCAGGGUUAUCUUUGAGAAUAGGCAGCCAGGGCUUCCUCGAACGGCCCUCCCUGCUGACCCCUCCACGGCUGAGUUCCAUGAGGUGGAGGUGCAUCUGCGAAGACACAAGUCCGGUUUCGGCUUCAGGAUCCUGGGCGGAGAGGAACCAGGACAGCCUAUCCUGAUUGGUGCAAUCAUCGAGAAGAGCCCAGCAGAUAAAGAUGGGCGUCUCCGGCCUGGAGACGAGCUGACGUCGGUCAACGGAAUCCCUGUGGCAGGAAAACCUCACCGUUACGUCAUCGACCUGAUGCACGGAGCGGCCCGGAAUGGCCAGGUUAAGCUCACUGUGCGACGGAGACUUCAGCCUGCAGGAGAACCCUUUCCAGAGAAUGGCCGCAGUCCUGGAUCAACCCAGCACAGCUCCCCAAGGAGUGACUUCAACUCUAGAAUGUUCUCUAAUAACUCUGCCCUAUCCCAGAACUCCGCCCCAUCCACCACAGGCUCCUCCCCACCAGACACUGGAACCAAUCAGAAUCAGCAGCCCAGUGAAGUCACCAUCCAGCGCAAGGAGACUGAAGGAUUCGGAUUUGUUAUUAUCAGUUCACUGAACAGGCCUGAAACUGCGCCUGCUGCUGCUGUGCCUCAUAAGAUCGGGCGAAUCAUUGAGGGAAGUCCAGCAGACCACAGUGGAAAACUGAAAGUUGGAGAUCGUAUACUGGCUGUCAACAAUCAGUCUAUCGUUAAUAUGCCGCAUGCAGACAUUGUCAAACUGAUCAAAGAUGCAGGACUCAGUGUGACACUCAGGAUCAUCACUCAGGAUGAGACGAAUAGCACACCCUCUGCAGGCAGCUCGGAGAAACAAAGCCCAAUGGCUCAGCCCAGUCCAUUGUGCCAGUCCAGCACUGUGAACCAGACCAGUGCUGUUCCUCUGUCCAACUCCACCCCUCAAUCCAACUCUGCACCUCAGCCUAACUCAGAAGCACAACCCAGCCCUGUCACUCAAACCAGCCCAGCCAUUCAGCCCAGCUCAGUGACCCAGCAAAACACGCCUACCCAGCCCUCAACAGUGCCAGGUCUACAGAUUUACAGCCAGGACAGUGGCUACAGGUCAGAAGUGAAAGCAAGACAGGAUGUAAAACCCGAUAUUCGGCAGCCAUUCACUGAUUACCGUCAACCUCCAGUGGACUACAGACACCCUCCUGUAGCAGACUACAGACAGCCACCAACGCUUGAUUACAGGCACCCCCCACUGUUCGAUUACAGACAGCUGUCCACUGACCCACGCACCUUUCCUUUACCAGACUACAGGAUGCCACAGGAUUUUGAUUUCUUUACGGUUGAGUUUGAAAAAGGUAUGAAAGGUUUUGGCUUCAGUAUCCGUGGAGGUCGCGAGUAUAAGAUGGACCUGUUCAUUCUACGAUUGGCCGAAGAUGGACCAGCUAUACGCAACGGACGAAUGAGGGUUGGUGAUCAGAUCAUUGAGAUAAAUGGGGAGAGCACAAGAGACAUGACCCACGCUCGUGCUAUUGAGCUCAUCAAAUCAGGCGGCCACAGGGUUCGUCUGCUACUCAAGAGAGGCACAGGGCAGGUCCCUGAGUAUGCAGAUAGUCCUACCUCCAGGGAUUCUCACACUACAGCCUCCCCAAGUCUGUCGGAAGUAGCACCACCCCUUGACAGCUUGUCCAAUCCAUCAGCUUCUCAUGUGAACCCACACCCUGAUCCACCUCAUACAUCAUCCUUGGAAGCAGCAGUUCCCAAUGGUUCCCAGGGUCCUAGAGGCCCAGAGAGUAGGGCUCUGGAGCAGGCCAGCAAUGUAAAGAAGUCAGCCCUGGCAGGUGGAGUUGGGGGUGGAGGUGGGACCAAGCACAGGGAGGCAGGCAGGACCAACCGUCACUCUAGCGGAGGGAAGAGUCACCAACUACAAUACGCUGAUGAACUUGGGGGAGAACCCUAUGAGUCCAAACCUCUCAAAAGCAGUCAGGUGAAGUUCAAGGAGCGCAGGAGGGAACGGAGCAACACGCCCUCUCGAAAACGAGAGUCCCCUAAAAGUCCCCCACUGGACACCAAUAUCAAUGGGGGAAAUGGAUACCCUGAAUGUAACGGCAACCAGCAAGUGGCUCCAGCGCAACUCAAAGCCCUACUGAAGGAGCCAGAGAAGGGUCAGGUGGAGAGUCGUCCUGACCGCAACUCCAAGAACAACAGCAGAAAUCCACCAGGCAGGAAAGCCACAGUUUCCCCAGGACCCUGGAAGAUCCCGGGUUCUGACAAGCUACCCAGCACCCUACGCUCAGCCACCUCGACUAUCAGCAGAUAACAUCUGACCCCAGUCAAAGGCCUUUCCCCUGGAUUGAUCUUGAUUUUCAAAUUGACACCAUAGGCCUGCUUUGUUCUACUCUUGGACCAAUUUCUGGCCAUUAUUCACCUUGUUUUCUGGGCCUGGGUGGGCUUGGGUUCUGCUUGAUUGCUCUUUACAAGCUUACUCUACUAGGUAGAGCUCGGUUUUAACCUUGUUCGACCAAGUGCCAUGCUUUCCAACCAUCAUUAAAGGCAUUUCCAUGCAUUUCUAGACAGAGCAUUUUUUAUUUAUAUUUAAUCUAAAUUAUUUUAAGAGAUAUAACACCCACCACCUUAAGAACUGGAAGCAUUCACUCCAUAAAAUGGAGCUGCAGUAGAGUGAGUGAUGCAUGUAGCGUGCAAUAAACCCCAUACCGGUUUGAACUGUUGGGAAAAGCACUCAGACAUACAGACUUACAUGCACAGGAGCAACUUACUGACUCUUGACCACCACUGAUGGACACAUCAAUUUUUAUACUCUUUCAUUAAAAAAUUAAGAAUAUGAAGGAGUUUGUUUGAUGUUUUUUUGUGUUAGAAUGAAAAUGAUAAAAAAAAAAAAAAAAAAAAAAUCUAUAUAAAAAGUCACUCAACAAUGGAACUCUGCCUUAAAUAAAGACUCUAUUAACCUCCAACUGUCUGUAACAAAGGUCAGUAAAAUAAAUAUAGAAAUAAAUAUAAUAUAUGACAUAUAUGAAGCAUAUUGUAAAUAUGGUCUUUAUACACCCAUGUGAGCCCAUACUGGAGUGUUGAAAUCAAACACAGUUAAUUGGAAGAGAGAUUUGACCAUCUCUUGACUCAGCCAUCACUGGCUUGAUCUAUUCUCCCUUUACUUGUCUACACAUAAUAAAGCAAUUAGAAGGGCCAGAGAUGGUUUAGAUGAAACACAAAAUGGUUUUGAUUUGGGCAGAGUGCCUUAUGCAGACAGGUUGAAGCUUUAUUUGAGCUCCAUGUUCUAGGCAUUUUCUUGGAAAAUCAAGCUUAAGCUGGUUGCCAGCUUGGACCAGCAAGAAACCAAUUACCGUGUUCCAAAACACAGCAACCAGCUUCAGCUGGAUUUUCUUGCAGGAUUAAUUUUACAACUGAACUUAAUUCUGUAGCGACAACAAUGCCAGGACUGGAUGUGCAUGUUGUUACAUCCCAGUCUCUGAACGCCGAAUGGUCUCUAGUUCAGCUGUCAGGCUGGUUUUUGUCCACAGUAUAGAUGUUAAUAAAGGAUUAAAAUGCUAUUUUCAUACAUAGAUUAGAGGUGCUAGUCUUUUAAGAGAAGUGCAGAUAUUUAUUAAAAAUAUCUCUGAGUGGAGACAGGAGUUCAAGUGUUUGUUGAGCACUUUGUCUAUAAAUAGACAGUCAGUAGCUGUGAUAUAUAAAUGCAGUACUGGUAAGAGUAAUGCUGUGGAUCCAUGAUAUUCAUUGGAUAAUUUUGAAAGAGGUAAUUCUCAGAAACACACUAUAAAGAUCUCUUAAAUAUCAUAUUUUGUAUAUAAAUGGUUGUGUGUCUGUAAAGUCCCUUUCACAUGAAUUUCACAUGUGUUAAGGCUUUAAUGCGCCUCUCAACUCAAGGCUUUGACCUCCACAAAUAAAGCAUUGCAGAGAGCAUCACGGAAGGGCGAUUUUACAAAGUUACUAUGUAACAAGAAACUGUGAAGUGAAUGUAGUAAACAGUGAAAAUAGUAAAUGCAAACGGAAAAGGUAACAUGUAUGACUGUCUGCCUUUCUUGAUUUUUUCUCAAAAUGUUAUAACAUAUUUUUGACGUGUUGUACAACCCUAUCUAGAUGUGCACAGGCUACGUCAUGUUACGUCACACAAAUUGUCCGGUAAUCAUUGGCCACACUUCGAAAGGUCUGCAGCAACUCUGAGCAGCACGUAACAACGCUUGACAUGCAGCAAAUCUUUAGUUUGACACUUUCAGUUCAGUGCAUUGGGGAACACUGACACAAAUCGUGUGAAAGGGCCUUACAGUGAAACCAAAACAUUGGAAAAUCACAUUUUUGCAAGUUACAUUGCCAUCAGUCAUUAAAUAAAACAACAUUUUGGUCGCACUUAAAAAAGUCAAACACUUCAAGACACCAAAGGUGCUUCAUUGUGUAUUCAUAAUCAAGAAAUUGCAAUAUUGUCCAAAAUGAUGUGAAAUGUUUCACUUCUUUGAUAAUUGUGUUCAUGUUAAUGACUUUAAUUUAUACGUGCCACCUCCAACCAAUUUAUAUAAAGAAAACUUUUCUUUGAAGUUCCUUUGCAAAGGACCCAAGAAAAGACCUUCUCUGUUCUCUCCAUUGUCAGAACACCCAUGUCUAUUAUAUUAAUUUCCCACAGAAAUAAAGCAAUGGUUCCACUGACACUCUUUGACAAUGAGAGCCGACAACAAACUUGUCAUUACAAGAGCGCAAACAUUUCCUCGAUAAAGACAAAUUAAUUGAAGCACUCCAAUCGUGAUUUUGCCUUUGUGGCUUCGCCAUUUAAUUUGAGUGAUAUUUUUCUUUCACAUCCUUAAAACCCUAGACAGACAUUGUCAAACUGAAUGUUCUAUAUUUUACAUAGAGCCCCAGGAAAAAUUUUACGUGCAUGUGAAUGAGAUGGAUAAUUCCAUAUGCAGCUAUGAUACAUUUCCAUAGAACUAUAGCCAUGACCUGGGCAUUUUUGUUUGAAGUAUACAUUUUCUAAAUUCUUAAGAAUAAUGAGUAAAGCAUCUUAAGGCCAGAAACAUAUGCUUGUACCAAAAUGCAUAUGCAAAUGUUCAGCCAACACAUUGCAAACAUGCAAUCCCGUUCUAUCUACAUAUGUAACGUCCAUUCUCGCAUUAUGGUGGUGGUAACAAACCUCAUGUGAGGGGGCAAAAGAGUUACUGUCUGUGCCAUUAAAAUGGAUGUGAAAUUAUUCAUGCAGCUAGCUAUAAUCAUGUCAACCGUUUAACUAACUUUUACUUUAAAACCUGUUGCUCCAGCAUGACAGUAAAGGAAAAGAGAAAUCUCCAUAGAAGAUGCUAAUGCCCACUAGAAUUCAACACUGAGGAUGUGAUGUCACUUUUUGAACUGUGCUUUUUGAACAUUUCAGAAUGGAACAACUGGAAAGCAAGCUUGCAUAGCUAGAAGCAUUUGUAUUUACAUACUCAAGUAUGUUUCUGGCUUUAGGGUUUUUGUUGUCAUUAUGUAAAGUCAGUGAAUUUGUUUAAAGAGAGAAUAGUGUCUAUAUUGUCUUGAAUGAGUUUGCCAAAUGCUAAAGAGACCGAAAUGCAAUUUGAAACAAGAUGAUUUAUUGGUGGAGCCAUGGAGCCAGUGCAAUGACAUGCCCAACUGGGGCUCUGUAUCACUGUGUAGAACUUAAAAAUCAGUGCAGUUCACUUUGUACAGCUAAAAAUAUAAAUACAACACUAUGUAUUAUGACCUAGUCAAAAAAAAAAAAAAAAUAACCCUAUAAGUGAGCUGCUAUUUUUAUUAAAUGCAACUCAAUGGAUAUAUACUUACUUUUGCAGAGCUCUUGUUUACUGUAUGAUAUUUACUGAAAUGCUGUCAAAUAAAACCUUGACAUGGUGUAAAGUAUUCAAGUAAAA